AUGCUAGUUAUUUGGUCGUGGAUGAUUCAUUUGCUUGGUGUAAAGUGUGAUGAAGAUGCAAAUUACCAGAAACUCAAAACUGAAUACGAUAAGUUAAAAACUGCUACUACAAUGAGCCCCUCAAAGAAAUAUUAUGAUAAAUUGGUGAUAUUCCCUGAUGUCAAACGGAAUGCCAAUAUUGAUAAAGUUGAGUUGACAGAGAUAAAUAGCACUAGUAAUACUAUAAACACGAUUAAUGUGUUAGGAAGAGAUACCACGGCGAUAGACUUGAUAAAAAAUAUGGCUAUCGGGUUUCUGACAACUAGCAUGUAUCAAAAUCAGUCAGACAAUGAUGACAUCAUGAACUUCUUUACUGCUGACAGUUGUACUGUAGAGAAAGUCGAGGCAGCAAUAACGCAACUAAACGCACGGAUAAAAGAAAUAGAAGAAAAAGAUAUAAUAACACGAUUUAUGCAUGAAGCAGCAGCAAAGAUAAUAAUCAAAUUGGGAAAGGAUUACAAGUUAACAGCAAAUGAAAAGAAAAAAGAACUGGAAAACCAUUUCCGGCAACUACCGUAUUUAAAGAGAUUUCAUGAUGGAAUUGGUAACGGUGAUGCCACUACUUAUAUGUAUAUGACAUUUACAAUCGGAAGCAAAACGAUGAAGUCGGAGAUAAUAAGAAUAACAAAAAAGGAAAGAAAAAUACAAACAAUACAUGACCUGGAAGAGUAUGAGAUAAAAAUAACACCAAAGAAAGAAACACCAAAGAAGGUAGCAACAAGAGUAGAGACACCAAAGAAGGUAGCAACAACUGUAAAGCCGCCGAAAAAGAAAGAAACAAUAGUAGAACCACCGAAAAAGAAAAAAAAAUCAAAAAAGAAAGAAACACCAAAAAAGAAGAAAACACCAAAGAAAAAAACAUCAAAAAAGAAAGAAACACCAAGGAAAGAAGUGUCAAAGAAGAAAGAAACAUCAAAGAAGAGCAAAAUAUUAGUGGCUAUCAUAUUGGUUGUUGUGGGUAUAGUGAUAUUAUCAAUAGGAACAUUAAUACUGAUAAAGAAAAGGAAGACCACAGAAGUAAGAAUGGUCCCUUGA